CGAAUAUCGGGGCCAGCUCAGUCUACAAAGUCCAGACCAAAGAACAGCUCAAACAAAGCGGGUAUAUUCUUAUAAGCUUAAACAGGUUUCUUUUGAGCUUUAAUGGGUAAAGGAGGUGGUUGUAUAUUCAGCAAGAAAAGAUCAACCAUAGAAGCAUCAGAUCAAGAUCUUGCAGACCCUGUUAGGGAUGCUCCUGUUCAGAACCAAAUUGAGAACAGUUUAUUUCAAGAAGAAUCGAAGAAACUCAAGGUGUUCAUAGUUUUUUACUCCAUGUAUGGUCAUGUGGAAUGUUUAGCUAAAAGGAUGAAGAAAGGAGUGGAUUCCAUUGAUGGGGUUGAAGGGUUUUUGUAUAGGGUUCCGGAGACACUACCGAUGGAUGUAUUGGAACAGAUGAGGGUGCCACAGAAGGAAGAUGAGUUGCCUUUUGUAUCGGUUGAUGAUUUGGUGGAGGCUGAUGGGUUGUUGUUCGGUUUUCCGACGAGGUUCGGUUCCAUGGCGUCACAGAUGAAGGCUUUUUUCGAUUCUACGGCACACUUGUGGGAGCAACAGAGGCUUGCAGGUGUGCCUGCUGGUUUCUUUGUGAGCACCGGGACACAAGGCGGCGGCCAGGAGACGACCGCGUGGACUGCCAUCACACAGUUAGCUCACCAUGGGAUGGUUUAUGUUCCUAUUGGCUACACUUUUGGUGCUGGAAUGUUCAAAAUGGAUUCAAUCAGAGGAGGAUCCCCAUACGGUGCCGGUGUUUAUUCCGGUGACGGCACAAGGGAACCAAGUGAAACAGAGCUAGCUCUUGCUGAGCAUCAAGGGAGAUACAUGGCUGGAAUUGUCAGAAGGUUUGCCACUCCUCGUAACAACUAGGCCCUGCUCAAACAAAGAACACCGUGUUUGUUUGUUUUUUCAUUCAAACUUGUCCUUAAUAGAUACCACUUUGUCAAUAGAUUAACAAUCACCCCCAUAUUUAUGGCUUGAUUUUCCCAUUUUACAGCUUUUGAUUUGCCUUAUUUGUUGAAAGAUUGCCAUUAUCUCAGUUAUAAACCACUUACUGCUACAUUUUGUAUUUACAGCAAGCCAUUGAAGCAUGGAUUUUAUCCA